AUGAGCAGCACUUUUUGUGACGUUACGCCUGAAAGCAGUAUAUUGAAUCGAACAAGACCAAACCAUAACGCAGAAACUUCACCCAUUGAAAGACGGUAUACCAGUUAUAAUGGUCUCAAUAGUAAUGGUAAAAAUCAGAAUAAUCAUUUUCGCGAAGAUAACAGACGCGAAGAUAACAGGCGCGAAGAUAAUAGACGUGAAGAUAAUAGACGUGAAAAUAAUAGACGUGAAAAUAAUAGACGUGAAGAUAAUCAUUCCAGAUCGAAAUUAUCUUUUUUAAAAUUUCCUAAAUCAAUAAAUCCAACGAAUGCCAAAGCGCUUAGAGCAUUAAAAGCUAAGGAUUACACACAAGCAUUAAAAUAUUUAAAUGAAUUAGUUCAUGAUUAUCCGGAUAGUUAUAAUGUAAGAUGUGAUCGUAGUGAAGCUCAUUUUCAUUUGGGAAAGCUAGAAUUCGCGCGGCGUGAUGCUGCUUCUGCUAUGAGUAGAAAGCCCGAAAAAUCACGUGCGUACUAUAUUCGUGGUUUUGUUUAUGAAAGAGCGGAAAUGUUUCCUGAAGCUUUGAACGAUUUAAAUAGUGGAUUAACUAGGUCACCAAAUGAUCCAAAUGCUUUUGAAGCUUUAAAAAUUUGUGCCAAAUUAUAUUAUCAAAAUGGUGAUUUAGAUCAAACAAUUGAUAAACUAAAUGAAGCUUUAAAAUUUGAACAACGGAUGAAAUUAAAUAAGGCAAAGGUUUUAAAACUUCGAGGUAUAAUGUUUAAAGGAUUAGGCAGAUUUAAGGAAGCAAGAGAAGAUUUUACUAAGGCAUUGGAAAUUAAAGAGAAAGCAUCUACUUAUCGUUAUCGAUCACAAAUACAUGUGGUAUUAAAGAAUUUAGAAGCGGCCUUGUAUGAUUUGAAUUAUGCAUUAAGACUUGAUAAUGAUGAUAAAGAAGCGGCCGCUUUGAAAAAUAAAGUUUUAUCUCAACUUAAAAAAUUUAAUGAAGCGUUAAUGGGAUUAAACAAAACAUUAGAAUCAAAUCCUUACGAUAUUUCCGCAUUAUCUGAACGAGUUUAUACAUUAAAGAAUGAUUAUAACAAAGCCAUUUUAAAUUUGGAACGAUCCAUUAGUAUAGAACCACAUGCGUCAGCUUUGAGAUAUCGAGGAAUUUCUAAUUCUAAACUUGGAAAUUAUCAAAAUUCCAUUAAUGAUUUCAAUCAAGUACUCAUAAUGAAACCAUCAAAUUCUAAUGUUUAUUAUGAUCGAGGAGAAACGUAUUAUAAAUUAUUAAAUUAUUCGAAAUCUUUAGAAGAUUUAAAUAAAUCUUUAGAAUAUGACGAAAAUAUAAAUUCACAUAAAUUAAGAGCCAAAAUAUAUGAACAAUUAAAAGAAUAUGAAAAAUCACGAAAUGAUUUAGAUCACCUCAAAUGA